AACGUGCGCCGCUUCAGCGUUCCGGGAGCUUAGCUUGUUGGUAAUUCAGCGGCGACGUAAUGACAGUAUUUAUCUGAAGUCCGCCUCGGAAAUAUGGCAACCGAUGCAAAAAGACUGAAGAGAGAGGACAGCCUGACCUUAGGUGACCCUGCAGAGUCGCCCCUAAAGGACUUUCUGCGCUGGUGCCAGACAGUGGGUGUGACCCUGAGUGGAAAGGUCUACCUGAGCAAAGAAGGCACUGUGGCGGAACGUGGCAUGCUAGCCAAGGAUGACAUCGAAGAGGGAGAAACCCUCUUCUGCAUUCCUAGGACGGCCCUUCUGUCUCAGGACACAACCAGAGUGAAAGACGUGCUGCGGGAAGGUAAUGGCUCCCUGGAGAGCAAGUCCGGAUGGGUACCGCUGUUGUUGGCUCUCAUGUGGGAAUACACUUCUCCCGAGUCCCACUGGAGACCCUACUUGUCCCUCUGGCCUGACUUCAAGCUCCUGGACCAUCCCAUGUUCUGGUCGAAGGAUGAGAGGGACAGCCUGCUCCAAGGCACCGGGGUUCCAGAGGCAGUGGAUACUGACCUCAGCAACAUCGAGAAAGAGUACAGCAGCAUCGUCCUGCCCUUCAUGCGCUCGCACCCUGACCUGUGGUGCCCUGAGAAGCACACCCUGGAGCUCUACAAGAGCUUGGUGGCUUUCGUCAUGGCUUACAGUUUCCAGGAACCCCUGGAUGAUGAAGAGGAUGACGAAUGUGAUCCCAACCCUCCCAUGAUGGUCCCUGUGGCAGACAUGCUGAAUCACGUGUCGAACCACAACGCUAACUUGGAAUACACACCCGACCUGUUGAAAAUGGUGUCCGUGCGGCACAUCGCGGCCGGGGAGGAGAUCUUCAAUACGUAUGGACAGAUGGCCAACUGGCAGCUACUGCACAUGUACGGUUUUACUGAGCCAUAUCCCAACAACAGCAAUGACACCGCCGACAUACAGAUGUCCAGUAUUUACAAAGCAGCUGUGCAAGUGAUGUGCAGUGAGGAGCAGCAGCAGCAGCAUCUGCUGCUGGAGAAGUGGAGCCUCCUGACUGAGAUGGAGAUGGUUGGCGAGAAGGGUGCGUUCAUCUUUGGUUGGACAGGAUCUCUGACGGACACAGAGCUUUACACCACGCUCAAGAUCUUGUGUAUGCCUGCUGAGGCGUUUGCGGAAUUUAAGGAGAACGAAGGCUGGGAGGAGGUGGAGGAGAAUGAGGAGGAGAAGAUAGGACUGGCCCUCUCCAAUAAGGGCAUCCCUAAAUUGCCUGCAGCCUGGAGGCAGGUGCUCCAUAGCGCUACCUGCUUUACACUGGACUCCUACAGCGGGAGCCUGGCGGUUGACAGUGCCCUGCUGGAAAAGCAGAGUGCCUAUAGCCUGCUGGGAAGCAGGGAGAAGAAUGCCCUGCAUGUAUGCUAUGGCCAGAAGAUGAUCCUGCACCAGUUGUUGGAAAUGACACGAGGCUGAACCUGUGGUUCACGUAAAUGGCAUGUCACUAGUGGUCCAUUGUAUCCAACUGCUUUUUCUAUAGCCUAAAUGUUGCAAGCAAAGUAUUGUACUAUGUACAAAAUAAACUGUGCUGCCUUCCUCA